AUGAUCACAACACUCUUGUUCCUAGUUCAGAGGACAGAGGAGGUCCUGGUUCAGAGGCAGAGGAGGUCCUGGUUCAGAGGACAGAGGAGGUCCUGGUUCAGAGGACAGAGGAGGUCCUGGUUCAGAGGACAGAGGAGGUCCUGGUUCAGAGGACAGAGGAGGUCGUGGUUCAGAGGCAGAGAGGAGAGCCUGGUUCAGAGGCAGAGAGGAGGUCCUGGUUCAGAGGCAGAGAGGAGGUCCUGGUUCAGAGGCAGAGGAGGUCCUGGUUCAGAGGACAGAGGAGGUCCUGGUUCAGAGGACAGAGGAGGUCCUGGUUCAGAGGCAGAGGAGGUCCUGGUUCAGAGGACAGAGGAGGUCCUGGUUCAGAGGACAGAGGAGGUCCUGGUUCAGAGGACAGAGGAGGUCGUGGUUCAGAGGCAGAGGAGGUCCUGGUUCAGAGGCAGAGAGGAGGUCCUGGUUCAGAGGACAGAGGAGGUCGUGGUUCAGAGGCAGAGAGGAGAGCCUGGUUCAGAGGACAGAGGAGGUCCUGGUUCAGAGGCAGAGAGGAGAGCCUGGUUCAGAGGCAGAGAGGAGAGCCUGGUUCAGAGGCAGAGAGGAGAGCCUGGUUCAGAGGCAGAGAGGAGGUCCUGGUUCAGAGCACAGAGUCUCAGCGUUAUCUCAGCAGCUGCAGCACAAUCAUCUGGUGUUUUAUCGUGA